AUGUUAUAUAUUCUACUAUAUUCUACUUUUAUCACCACUUAUGUAUGUAUGUAUAUAUAUAUAUCACUAUCUAUAUAUUAUAUAUAUAUAUUAUGUAUCUAUAUAUUAUAUAUAUUAUGUAUCUAUAUAUUAUUUAUAUAUAUUAUAUAUAUAUUAUCUAUCUAUAUAUUCUUCUUUAUCACUCUCUGUCUAUAUGUUUAUUCCUUUUAUAUAUGUUUAUUCCUUUUAUAUAUGUUUAUUCCCUUUAAAAAAUACCUAGAAGGCGACUAUGGGGAUCGGACCCAUGACCUUCUCUUUACGAGAGAGACGCUCUGCCACUGA